GUGAGAAAAUUACGCAUGCGCAACGAGUCAAUAAACACAAGAAAAUAAUUCAAAACACACCACUUACAAUUUCCGUUUUCAACUUUGGUAUAAACAAUGGUUAAAAGAAGCAAAUAACAACAACUAACUGGCUGGUAGACCUUCAAGAGAACGACUGACUGACUAACUCUGCUCAUACAAGUAGAAACAAAAACAACCGAUAAUGUACGAGUUGAAUAUUUGUGUAGCUCUUUUCUUUCUUAACCAGGCUUUCAGUUGAGUUUAAGACCUCAAACAGUGAUUUUGUUUUUAAAGCCAGGCCAAUACAGCAAAACCGUUGCUGACGUUAAAGAAACAAAAAACUUUGUAACAAAAACAACAACGUUAAAAAACAAUUGAAAAAUGUGAAAGUAAAAUGGAAUUUUAACAGUAAAAAAAACCAAGAAAAUUGUUUUUAAUUUAAAGAAAAUUGUACAUAGAAAUAAAUAAAAUAUUUAGUUUAGCUUACAGAAAUAAUAAAAAUAAAAUGUUAAAUAAACAAAAUUAUUUAAAUUUAAUUGUCUUGUUGUUGGUAUUAUUUAAUAUUGCAUCACAAGCUUCAGGCCAACAAUUAAUUGCUUAUAUAUCGCAACAUGGUCUACAUGGCGAAAUAACAUUUCGUCAAGUCAACUCUAGUCAUGUAGAAAUUAUCUCAGAUCUUGAAACCACUCUGCAGUAUCCGGAGCAGGCUUGGAGUUGGUCGGUGCGCAAGUUUCCCGUUGACUACACCAAUACCGAUACAAAUGAACGCUGUGAACUCGAACGUUUGGGUGAUGUGGUUGUGACAUUUGACGAAGAUCUAGAGUAUUUGGUAUUACCCGGAAAUGAGACGUCCACAUGGUGGAGAGAAAUGCUUUUGAUUGGCGACAAAGGUAUCUGGGGUAAAUCCUUAGUACUAACCGAGGUCACACGAAAUGUGCGCGUAUGUGCCACCAUCACCACCAUACGAAUGAAUGUAGAACACAUGGCUGAGGCACGUUUUAACACACCCAUAGCUGGAUCUGUCUAUUUUCGUUGGUUGGCGCCCACCGACGGUACUUCAGGGGAUACACUAAUUUACUCGGAUCUCUAUCACAUCCAAUCGCAACCAGCUAAUGAAUACAACACAAAACCAAUGACUACACAUCAUUGGAAAAUAUUUGUUACCGAUAUCUUCAAAUAUGAUCAUCAUCGUACGGAAGAUAAUUGUAAUUUUCUGCAAUUGGUAUUCGAUCCGGCCGGUGAGGGUGAUGGACGUGGUAUUGGUGAUCUGGAUAGUCGUUUGGGUAAGAUACGUGUGGCUAAGAAUGCUUUGCGUGUGCCGCAAAGAGCGGUGUUUCGCGAUGAAAAGUUGGCUUUGUUGCCAUCCGAUUUGACAAUACCGCAUCGUACUUUGUAUUUGGUUUUGUUCGAUGAUCAACAUCCGGAAAAUUAUUUGGCUUGCACCAAGAUAAGAGAUGUUAAGCAAUUGAAUUAUAAAUCUUUUGUUAAUCAUGAAGGCAUUAAAGGAGAAGUUACUCUUACUCAGCGUUCAAAAUUUGAUCCUACAUUCCUUAAUUUCUCCAUAAAUACAGCCGGCGAACAAGCUGAACAUGUUGCUCGUAAAUUUGCCGAAGAUGUAGCUGCUUUUCGUAUACACACUUUACCACCUGUACCCCUUAAAAUGGGUAAAUCGGAUUACUGUGAUUCGACCGGAUCUCUCUAUAAUCCCAGAGAUAUUGAAAAGUCUAUCAUACCGCCAGCCGGUUUUGGCACUCAAGAUCAAUAUCCUAUAGGUGAGGUAAGCGGAAAAUUGCAGAGUCGCAAUAAAAAGUACUAUCAUCACUCAUUUUUGCCGGGCACCAGCUCCGAGCUAAAUGGUUUAUAUUGGGAUGUUUUCUUGCCCUUGCAAGGCUUAGACAGCAUAGCCUAUCGCAGUUUAGUGAUCUAUCACUACAAUCGCUCGAAUUUGGAAAACAUCACAGAGAAAGUAUGGAGUUGUGGCACCAUAAAUCAAUAUCUAAAGACUGGUUAUCAAAAGCAGAUGUUUACCGCCCAAGUACUAUUCAGAUACCCCAUAGUUGGCAGAGUUCUAUUUCGCCAACCAGCUGAGGAACCUUGGCAGGACACAACAGUGAUAUUUGAGUACAUGAUACAUGCUGAUGGUUCCACACAAAAUAAUACUUUCUCUCAUCGUUGGGCCAUUCACAGUAGUGCUCCGGGCAAAGAUUUCUAUGAUUGGCAAAAUCGCUGCAUAUCUGCUGGCAAUGUUUUUAAUCCGUAUAAAGUUGAUUGGGGUAAUCAUUCGGUGGAUGAUUAUUGCAGUCCCCGAUUACCUGCCAUGUGUCGUAUAGGAGCUUUAGAUACACGUAUUGGAGUUUUAAAUAUAGCAGGCAGUAAACGCAAUGCCCAGGAAAUAAGUCGUUUGAUGUUUACCGACUCUAAUCUGCCCUUAUCGGGAAGACAUAAUAUAUUGGGUAAAUCAUUGGUUAUCUAUGAUGAUUUCGGUCCCAAGGCAAGAGGAGAAAGAUUGGCUUGUUCAAGUAUAAUUGGUCACUUUCGCCGAAAAGUUGUGGCUAAAGAUUGGUAUGCUAAUGGCGAUGAAUUGACUGUAUCGGGCAAAGUGGAGAUAACUCAACAAUCUGAAUAUGAUGUUAGCAAUAUAGAAGUACAAUUUAAGGGUUUGGAGCAGCAAACAAGUGGUUAUCAUAUACAUAUGACUCCCGUUGAAGCCAAUUUAGCCUUUCCCUGUGAAGCUUCCACUUUAUAUGGUCACUUCAAUCCCUAUGGCAUUAAUCCCAAACAAUCUCCUCCACCGCGUCAGGGCAGCACAGAGCAAUACGAAAUGGGUGAUUUGAGCGGGAAAUUUGGCACCCUAGAUUCUCUGACCCAGUACGAGGGAGCGUUUAACGACACCAAUUUACCUUUGUUCGGCAUUAAUAGUAUCAUAGGUCGUUCUGUGGUGAUUCACAAGAAAAAACGUAAUGCUCGUUGGGCCUGCAGUACCCUAGAGCGUGGCUACGCUCCCAGCGAGGCUCGAGAGUUACGAGCUAUUGCUUCGUUCCAUCAUCCCACGGGUUAUGCGUAUGGUUAUGUUAAAAUGACUCAAUUGGUUCAUAGUGAUGGCAGUCAGUCGGACACAGUGAUUGAGGUUAAACUGAGACAUCCGGGUAAAAAUGAUAGAAAUAUGACUCGCAAUCACAAUUGGCAGAUAUUUGUGAAUUCUGUUGGUGUGGAUGCUGUAGUUAAGCCUACAAAUACACGUUGUGUUGCCGGUGGUUAUGUUUGGAAUCCAUAUUUCACUCAACUCGCGGAUCCUUUAAAUCGUGAUUUAUACGAACGUGAAUGCGGACCCGAUAAUCCAUUACGUUGUUAUGUUGGCGAUGUGGGAGCACGUUUGGGAACAAUUGAUCUAGGUGGCGAACGCAGAGUUUUUACCGACUCAAAUUUCCCUCUCGAAAGGCCAGUAGGAGCCAUAGGACGUUCUAUAGUUAUAUUUGCACCAGAUUUUUCGGGCGAAAGAUAUGCCUGCGCCAAUAUUGAACCAGAUCAUAAUGUUAUUAAAUACAUAAACUUGCAAAAACCUCCCAGAUUUGUGGUGGCCCAAUUUUUGGAAGAGUUAAGAUCGGUUAUGGGCAUACCGGAAUGGAUGUUAGAUGUUGAUGCUCGCAAGACGAAGGAAUUACAUGGCGGCAGUUGUAUACAAAUGAUUAUACAUUUUAAGGGUCCCUUGGCACAUCGUUUGGAAAUGGAUAUGUCACGUUUGAUAGCUGCUGGACGUUUAGAGGCACCCAGUCUUUAUAUACCGGGCUAUGUCAAUACUAAACGCAAAUCAACCAUUUCGUAUCGAACAUGUGGUGUAAGAGAUAUUAAAGAAAAUCGUAACAAAUCAUUUAAAAGUGGAUUUUCUACCAGCGGCAAUCGUCAGCAGCAACCAACAUUGUUAAUACUCCUCGUUUUUAGUUGUCUAGGUGUAUUUUUUUAGAAAACUGUUAUAAUUUUUAUUAGUCAUAAAUACAAUGUUUUUAAGCAAUAAAAAAAAGUAUAAAUAAAUUUUAAAUAUACUAAACACAUAAAUACGUAUAAAUACGUCAAACACA